UAACAAAAUUCAGACCCACAAAAAAGGCGAGAAGAAGCAGAAAACAACCGCGGCAGGGCCACCACACGCUCUCUCGCGCCACCGCCGCCGUCGCCAAGCCCAACCAUGCAAUCGGCGGCGACCGCGCCGGCGCUGGCGCCGCCCGUAUUCCUCACCCUCACCCUCCCCACCGCCGCCAGCGCCUCCGCUCGGCCCCGCCGAGCCGCGCGUGCUGCCGUCCGGUGCGAGCUCGCCGCGGCAGCCGCCUCCUCCGCCGCUGCGGAGCCCGCUGCUCCGGGGGCCGUGGCCGCCCCACGCUGGGCCCAGAGGACGGUCGUCAUCCCGCCGCAGCGCCGGGGCUGCCACAUCAUCACCCACAAGAUUAUGCACGCGAUAAGGAGCGACCUCUCCGAGUUCAAGUGCGGCCUGGCGCAUCUCUUCUUGCACCACACAAGCGCUUCACUAACUCUGAAUGAAAACUAUGACCCUGAUGUCCAGAUCGACACAGAAACAUUCCUUAAUCGAGUUGUCCCAGAGGGUCCAUCUGCACCAUGGAGGCACACCAUAGAAGGACCUGAUGACAUGCCAGCACAUAUUAAAUCAUCGAUGUUUGGUUGUGCCUUGACGAUUCCUAUCACCGACGGGCGUCUCAACAUGGGAACUUGGCAGGGUAUAUGGCUUUGUGAACAUCGUGAUGACCCUACUCCUCGCACGAUCGUGAUUACGCUCAGCGGGAUCUAAAAUGGCCAAGGCUCUGCAAAUUCAGCGUGGUGAUUUUCAUGUGCAUAUACUGAAAUCGGAGCUUUUGCUUCAAGCUGUGAUAUGAACUUCCAGUGUGUAAUUUUAUCUGUAAUCUUGUAGCCAGCAAAAUAGAAGUACGGUAAUCUUGUAUGUGUAAUUCUGUACAUGUGGAAUAAAUUUAUCCUUUGGUA